GUAAAGCGCCUGGGGAUCUACCAGCCCGUCAUGUGGAGUGAGGAGGCGAUGGAGCAUGUGCUGAGUCUGAUUCCAGAUGUGCGAGUUAUUGUGGCCGUUUGCGACCCAGCGGAUCGCUUUGAGAGGAAGUUGCACCUGGAGAAUGAGCCUAGCGAAGACGAGCUGCAGGAGAAGAUGCUCAAAAAGGUGCAAGAUCAAAAGUACUUGUACUUCGGGGCCGCCCUCGCCUCCCUCAGAAACACCUUCGGCGAACGCAUGCUGCUGGUGGAGAAGGACAACCUGGAUCGGCCUCAGACCUACGAGCGGUUGGCGAGCUUCCUAGAUGUGAGGCCUUUCCCCGCGCAUGCCCGACCCCGGCGCUACAACUCCAGAGGGCUGCGGCGAACGUCGCUGUGUUCACAGCCGCCGCUAGUCGAGUGGGU